AUGGCCAAGUUUUAUGAUGAGAUACCUGAAUCUCUCAUCGAAUGGAUCAAGAAACAGCACAUGUUUUGGGUGGCUUCGGCUCCCUUGAGUCCUGACGGACAUGUAAAUCUCUCCCCCAAGGGCACAGCGGAUAGUUUCCAUGUCAUGAACUCUCGCCGAGUUUGGUAUCAGGAUUUGACCGGGAGCGGAGUGGAAACGAUCUCUCAUAUCAGGGAGAAUGGUCGCGUAACAAUCCUGUUCAAUGCCUUCGAGGGACCUCCCAGGAUUUUGAGAUUGUUUGGAACAGGAACUGUAUACGAAUAUGGCACAGAAGAAUACGAAUCUCUUAUUUCUCCUGAGACUCGGAAGCCGGGUUCUCGUGCAGCUAUCGUCAUCGAUGUGUAUCAGUGUCAAACGACAUGCGGAUAUGCUGUUCCAAUCUAUGACUUCAUUACACAUCGCACUCAACUCCUCCGAAUGGCCGAUAUCGAAGAGUCACGCGACCGCGCUUCAGAUCCAGUCCAUCAGAAGGGUCUCAAAGCAUAUUGGGUACGAAAGAACUUGAGAAGCGUGGAUGGCCUGCCUGGUUUGCUCACAGCACCUGAUUCCAAAGUAACGCUUGUCAAUAAUUUUGACAAGGAAGGUCAAAGACCGAAGUUGCAACAUUCAUCUUCGAGAGAGGGGAGCGCCCAGAGCAACGGUGCAAAUUUAGCCAUUAGUUUUGCCCUUGGUGCCUUGGUCGCCACUACCCUUCCUUACAUCCUGUCUGCUGCCCGAAAGUCUGAUAUCUACGCACGUUUUUGUGUAUUACGAGAUGAUGGACAUAAGGUGAAAAGCGGUUUAUCGCAUCAAUCUUUAUCAGUCUCCUGGCACCAAGCUGAUCAGAUAAUCCCCAUGGCUAAGUACUAUGAUGAAAUACCUGAAUCUCUUAUCGAAUGGGUCAGGAAACAGCACAUGUUUUGGGUGGCUUCAGCUCCUCUGGGUCCUAAUGGACACGUCAAUGUCUCCCCCAAGGGCACAGCGGAUUGCUUCCAUGUGGUGAACUCUCAGCGAGUUUGGUACCAGGAUUUGACUGGGAGUGGUGUGGAAACUAUAUCUCAUAUCAGAGAGAACGGUCGCAUAACGAUUCUGUUUCACUCCUUCGAGGGACCUCCUAGGAUCUUGAGGUUGUAUGGGAUAGGGACUGUAUACGAAUUUGGCACGCAAGAGUAUGAAUCUCUUAUCCCUCCUGAGACUCGUAAACCGGGGUCCCGUGCGGCUAUCGUUAUUGAUGUAUAUCAGUGUCAAACGUCCUGUGGAUACGCUGUUCCAAUCUAUGACUUUGUUGCGCACCGCACUCAACUCCUCCGAUCGUUCGACAUGAAAGAGUCACGCGACCGCGCUACUGCCUCCACAGAGAUUAAUCCGAAGGGCCUUAGAGCAUACUGGAUGCUAAAAAAUCUCUCAAGCGUGGAUGGUCUUCCUGGUCUGCUAACAGCCCCUGACUCCAAAGCAACAUGUCUCAGCAUUUUUGACAAGGAAGGUCCAAGACCGAAGUUGAGCCGUUUGUCUUCCGGGGAUGUGGACGUCCUGAGAACCGGCGGGACUUUAGCGGUUGGUUUUGCAAUCGGCGCAUUGGUAGCUACUGCCCUUCCUCGCAUCCUAUCCGUCACUGGAAACUUUAGUAUCCGAGCAUAA